UUGCGGCCGUCGAGAUGGGCUCGCAUGUCCGACGGUGGAACUCUGGCAAGUUUCUAUGAAGUGCUGUAAAUUGAGAAGUGAAAAACAAUGUACUGUACAUAGAGCAAUUUGUACCUGACAAUACUACACUUGUCCUCUUACUAUUACAUUGACGUACACGAUGAAGAAAAAGGUUCUUCUCAUGGGUGCCUCUGGCAGUGGCAAGACGUCGAUGCGCUCGUUGAUAUUCUCAAACAACCCAGCGUCUUCGACUGCCCGCCUUGGUGCCACGAUAGACGUCGAGCAGAAUCAUGUCCGUUUCCUCGGUGAUCUUAUACUGAAUCUCUGGGACUGCGGUGGCCAAGACGCGUUUAUGGAUUCGUAUCUCACUACUCAACGCUCAACGAUUUUCCAACAUGUUGGCGUGAUGAUCUAUGUUUUUGACGCCGAAACUCGAGAAAUGAACAAGGAUUUAGAGUAUUAUCGGGAUUGCCUUGAGGGUUUGACGCAGUGUAGUCCAGAGGCUGCUGUGUUUCUGCUCGUACAUAAGAUGGAUCUGGUACGGGAACCUAAAGCAAUUAUGUUUGAAAAGAAACGCGAAGAGUUGCAGAAAGCCAGUAGUGGUGUCGUUAUCACGGUCUUUGGGACUAGUAUUUACGAUGAAAGUCUCUACAGGGCCUGGUCAAGUAUUGUUCACACAUUGAUCCCUAACGCUGCUGUCCUGAACAAACACCUCAAUAUUGUCGCUGCAGCCUGCAGCGCAACAGAAGUUAUACUUUUCGAGCGAACAACCUUCCUCGUAAUAGCUACCUCCACUUCAUCCACCUCAUCUCCUUCCGCCUCCACAUCCUCGACCUCCUCCUCUUCUGCUUCUAUAUCCUCAUCUACCUACGCCCCCUCUCCCCCGUCUCCCUCUGAUCCGCACCAAAUGCACCUCAAACGUUACGAACGCACCUCCGAACUCAUCAAAGCAUUUAAAUGGUCUUGCUCGCGCGUCCGAGAGGAAUUUCAUUCUCUUGAAUUGGAUAUGUAUGAUUUUACUGCUGUGUUAGAUGAGAUGACGAGGAAUACGUAUGUUAUGGUCGUGGUUCACGACCCAACAAUAGAAACCGCUGCAAUCAAGUUGAAUAUCCGUAUGGCUCGUAAAAAGUUUGAGGAGUUGCAAGGAGAUAGUAUUGGUACUUGAAUUUGUUGUUUAAGUAUUGAUAAUUAAGCUUCGGUUCGAGGAGAGCUAGCAAAUAUAUGUACACCCAACGACAAGAGGGAAAAUGAAAAAUGAAAACCCG